AUGUCAUCUGGACUGCCACAACUUCUUUCGGCCGCCCCACCAGCAGCCAACGGUUUCAACUUGCCAAUUGGCUUUCCCACGUUCCCAUACAUCUUUGGUCCUGGUGGUCAACCGGUGAGCAAUAUUCAGUCUUCUGGAGGCGGCGUCAACAAUCGAUACAAACAGAAGCGCCAUCGGCAGAGAGUCGACGCCGGCGAGCCAAGGAAUACGUAUCAGGGUAUGUCCUCAAACACAUCUACCUCAUCUACAAGUUCCACGUCAUCAUCCACAUCUUGCUCGAAUUCAUCUAAGACGCCGUUGGAUUUGGCGCUAGUCAAAACGGAAAUGAUUUCGACGUUGUCGCCCCCACUACAAACGGAAAAUGAUUCAAAGUCCUUCAAUGAAUCUGAUGAAGCACAGGAGAUUGAGGCGAUGAAGGCGGAGAAUGAUGCGGCUCUGGAGGAGCAGGAUGAGAUUGAUGCGGACUAUGAGGAAGAAAUCAAUCAUCAGAUUGCUGAAGAUGGUGAAUUGGACAUACGAGAAGAGAGUCCCGAGAGCAACGGAAGUUCGAGUUCGGCAUCGAAGAGGAAGAGUUUUCAGCCGCAGAAAAUUGGAGAGGAGUUGGGAAUUGAGCUUGGAGAAGAAACCGAACAAAUCAAUGUCACCGUGGGAGGCACAUCAGAAGACGUCGCUGACGACGUGACAGAGGAAACGGAUACCAAAGAAUUCUCAGCGCUCCAAGCACAGCUGCAAAAUGGAACGCAGACGGACCAACAGAAAUUCUAUGCGGCGUUUCUGGAGCAACAGAAGAAGCGGUUGAUGGCGGUGCAUAUCGCCCAAUCAAACAAACUGAACACAGAGCAUCUAAUGUCUAUGUUAAAAGGAGAAGUUGUAGACAAUCUGUUCAAGAGUUUCGAGAAGAUAAUCAAAGAAUGGGCUCAACAGGAGGUGCUGAAAAAUCAAGAAGCCACCGCAGCUCCACCACAAAUGCCAAUUCCACAACCCGCUCCAUUCCAUCCCCUUUUUCCGCCAAACCCACUCUUCCAUAUGCCCCCUCCGCCGCGAAGUGAAAUGUCGGCCGAAUGGUCUAGUGACCCUAUGAACAGCGGAGGCGGGAUAUUUCCCCCAAACUUCAACGCGUUCAACGUUUUCUCCGCACUCCGCAGGCCGCAACAAGACGGCGGCGACGAGCCGAAACGCAAACGGACACGAAUCGAUGUCAAAAAAGAAGACGUUGCAAGCAGUAGCCGAGCAUCGCCAAUCAGUGUGUCAGCAAGCCCUCCAUUGGCCAGAUUCUACCCAGCACCCACAAUGGUUGGCCAUCAUUUUGGAGCCAUGCAUUUUGGAGACCGCGACAACUCGCCAACGAAUUCAGAUGAGCUCAGCGAUUGUGGAUUCGAGGGAAAUGGAUCGAGCUCAAUGUUGACACCAAUGCAUCUGCGGAAGGCGAAGCUUAUGUUCUUCUAUACUCGAUAUCCAAGCUCCAACCUUCUCAAAUCCUAUUUCCCGGAUAUUCGUUUUAAUAAGAACAACACUGCUCAACUGGUGAAGUGGUUCAGUAACUUUAGAGAGUUCUACUACAUUCAAAUGGAGAAGUUCGCGCGUCAAGCGCUCUCCGAGGGAAUUUCAGACCGAUCUGAAAUUUUUGUGUCCAAAGAUUCGGAACUCUUCAAAGUGCUCAACACUCACUACAACCGCAAUAACCAUAUUAAGGCCCCAGACCGUUUGGUUCUUGUGGUCCAGGAGACUCUUCGUGAGUUCUAUGAUGCUAUCAAGUUGGGAAAAGAUGCCGAGCCAUCAUGGAAGAAAACUAUCUAUAAGAUCAUCAAUCGAUUGGACGAUCAAAUCCCCGACUUUUUCAAGGAGCCAAAUUUCCUCGAGCGUCUGGAAUCGUAG